AACGCUCCUCACCUAGCCCCUGUCCUGAGGGUGUGCCUAACCCUGGAGCCAGCUUUAAAGGGGAAAGCCCCUCCUCCUGCCCCAGCCCCACCCACCGGGCCCCCCUUCUCGGUCUUUCAGGCCCAGAGCUCCCUCACAGAACUCCCCCGCACCUUGUCUCGCCCGCUCCGCCUCUCCUUCCCAGCCACAGCUAGAGGUCCUGGGCGCACCUGCAGAGCCAGCGGCUUGCUGGGGGCAUGCGCUCCAUGAAAGCUCUGCAGAAGGCGCUGAGCCGGGCCGGCAGUCACUGCGGGCGGGGAGACUGGGGUCACCUGAGCCGGAGCCCCCUCCUUGGCGGGGGCGUCCGGCACCACCUCAGUGAGGCCGCGGCGCAGGGCAGAGAGACGCCACACAGCAGCCAGCCGCAGCACCAGGAUCAUGAUUCAUCAGAAAGUGGCAUGCUGUCCCGCCUGGGUGAUUUGCUCUUCUACACUAUUGCUGAAGGACAGGAACAAAUCCCUAUCCACAAGUUCACCACUGCACUAAAGGCCACUGGGCUGCAGACAUCAGAUCCUCGGCUCCAAGACUGCAUGAGCGAGAUGCACCGUGUGGUCCAAGAGUCCAGUAGUGGUGGCCUCUUGGACCGAGAUCUCUUCCGAAAGUGUGUGAGCAGCAACAUUGUGCUCCUGACCCAGGCAUUCCGAAAGAAGUUUGUCAUUCCUGAUUUUGAGGAGUUCACGGGCCAUGUGGAUCGCAUCUUUGAGGAUGCCAAAGAGCUCACUGGAGGCAAAGUGGCAGCCUACAUCCCUCAGCUGGCCAAGUCAAACCCAGACCUGUGGGGUGUCUCCCUGUGCACUGUGGAUGGUCAGCGGCACUCUGUGGGUCAUACAAAGAUCCCCUUCUGCCUGCAGUCCUGUGUGAAGCCCCUCACCUAUGCCAUCUCCAUAAGCACGCUAGGCACUGACUACGUGCACAAGUUUGUGGGCAAAGAGCCUAGUGGCCUGCGCUACAACAAGCUCUCCCUCAAUGAGGAAGGAAUCCCCCAUAACCCCAUGGUCAAUGCUGGUGCCAUUGUUGUCAGCUCCCUGAUCAAGAUGGACUGUAACAAAGCAGAGAAGUUUGAUUUUGUAAGUUCCCUUGCUACUUGGCCCCUGGCUGCAUUUCUCCACAGCAUGCUGUCCUCUCCAGCUGCCCCAGUGGCUCUCUAACUCCACUACCAGGUGCACCAGCCCAUACUAGAAGCCUUAUUU